AUGGUGCGCGUGCCCGGAUCUUCUGGUGACUCGGGAUUUCACCGUGAGUCCCAAGAAGAUGUCAAGAUCAAGGAAGAAUACAGGGAAGAAGCGGACCUGGAUCAAGAUCCAGAUCUUGAAGAAAAGCCUCAAAUUUCUCUCAAGGCCGCCGCGGCGGUCACCGCGGAUCUCGAUGAGAAACCAGAUCCGUACAUAACGGACAAGGACACGACCAAGUCGAAGUCCAAUCUGUCCACCAAGUCGGCGGUCUCGACAUGUUCGACCAAGAAGAAGAAGAUCAAGGCCGCUCGGUCGAAGCUGAAGGCACCGGAUUCGGGAUCGGAAGCCGUGCAUAAGUCCAUAUCAACUAUCGCCACGGCCAAAGACUUGAUCGAGCAGGCUUACUAUCGGAAGAUCCUGAGCAAGACUCUGCUACAUGACCCUGUCCUCGCGAUUAUACAGGUCCGCCAGAUCGGCGAUCUGACAGGCCCGAUAUCCAAGCCCAACAUCAGCACGGAUAGGCUGAACGCGGUGAGGAUCCUGCUGGAUCUCCUCCAGGAUGCUGGAGUAGUAGCGGGAGAAUUCGAUCCGGAUGCUCUGUUCGAGAUGGAACUGGGAGCGAUCCAGGCAGCGACUCAAGAUCUCUACGAAUCGCUCAAGAUCUUGGUCGGCGAACACGUCCAAACACCAGAUUUGAACUAUCAGACCGGGUCGUCACAUUACGCGUCGGUUACCUCGGAACCGGACUCACAUUCUCCCCGAGCCCCGCAACGUAUGUCGCUAGUCCCAUCGGGUGCGAAGUACAUGAGGUCACGUGCGAGCAGACUGGAUCAACGGCCGGCAGGACCAAGUCGAAGUCCGGAGAAGCCCGAUCGACAGGAAGAACGCCUGAUCCCAACAAUACGAGUUACUCCGACGUGCAAUUCGACCGGAUAUAGCAAUAAGCUGGACGAAUACUUCCAGAUGGCGAUGAAUCGAUUCCUGAAAGAACUAAGUCUGGUGGCGGCUCAACCUCCACUACUCGGGACGCAGGAUAUCGACAUGGAAUCAGUCGGCACCCCGGAUCCCCACUCCUGGGAGUACGAUCCCGACGAUCUCGGGAUUCCAAACUCCUUCGGUCAUAAUUCCGGCCGAGCCGCAGUUGCCUCGGCAGCGAUCGGCUCUGGAGGGUCAUCGCUGAUCCCGAGGGUGCGAAUUUCGGCCAUCUCGGACCUGAAAGAAUUUACUGGGAAGGAUAUGGACGAAGAUCGCGCCAUAGCUUGGAUCGGCAAGGUGAAAUCGGAGUUCCAGAGAGAUCAAGCAACAGAAGAGGAGAAAUGCCUCACGUUCGCGGAUCUGAUGGUGAGCCAAGCCAAGAACUGGCACCGACAGUUAAGUCGGACCACCAAGACCAAAUGGGCGGAUUUACUGGAAAGUUUCCAGACACAAUACUGCGGUCUAGCGGAAGAUCUCGAAGUAAACCUCGCUGUCCUCCCUGAGAUCCCGAUCUCGACUACCGCAAAGGUCAGCAUCGAAGAUCUGUUCGGCCACACACGAGGAGAUCGAGAGGCUCUGACAGAUCAUUUGGAAGAAACGACACCUCCUGAUCGAAAAGGGAACACCUUACCACCGGCGGCCAAGGGCGUCGUGUGUGACAUCAAUGUCCGAAAUGCGAAACCGAUCGCACUGCGAACCCGGAAAGUACCUAUGCGAUUUCGCGAAAACGUCGCGGGUCUGAUCAAGGGCAUCCUGGCAGCCGAGAUCAUCCGAUCCUCGACGUCGCCAUGGGCCUCACCGAUCGUGAUUAUCGCAAGAGUAAAUGUCGAUCUGUUGGAGGAUCUUGAUAAGGCGUUAUGGUAUUGUUCACUGGAUAUGGCCAGCGGCUUCUGGGUCGUGCCCGUAACUGAUCGGGCUCGCGAGAUCUCAGCAUUUAUCACCCCGUUUGGACUAUUCGAAUGGAGUCGCAGGACGUUUGGCCUGAAAAAUGCCCCACAGAUUUAUCAACGUCUCGUGGACAACGCGCUGUAUGGAUGUUUGAAGGUCUCACGAUCCGGCGAUGCUGGGGCUACAACGGACGUGUUCCAGACCGGGAUCGCGGACGAUCCUGAUCGCGAGGCGGAAGAUCUGUUGGAAGCUUGCGAUAAGUGGAAUUUGUCGAUCAGUGUAGCUAAGAGGUUUUGGGGCAUGGAUAAGGUAGGGUAUCUGGGACACCGAGUGUUGAUCGGAGGUUUGAAGGCGAGCCCGAAAGACCUUAAAUCUUUGACCUAUCUGCUGUUCCCCGGAUCACUUCGAUCUAUGCACUCGUUCCUGGGUAGUCUGAAUUACUACAGCCGAUUCAUCGAAGAUUACGCUAUCUAUGCUUCAGUGCUCUACGAAUUACGUGAGGUGGAGUUUGCAGAACUGGAGAAACGAUCGGAUCUGACGGAGAUAAUGGACCGGAACGACCCGAUUCCUCGGGAUCACGGCCCACCGAUACUGAAGUUGACGGUGCCAGGUCGCCUAGGACAAUGGUCCGCCCUCCUGGCCCCGUGGACGCUCGAGAUCACGACAUGCAUGAAGGGCGAGGACAAAACACUGGGGUCGAUCGCUGCCAGUAUCACGCCGAGGGCGAAGAUGGACGACGAUGUGGCCGAAAUCGCUCCCUGGAAGGAACCUAAACGCCGGAUCCAAGCACCGAUUCCGACCGUCCAGAAGAUGCCCGUGUACCAGGAUCUGGUCAUACUGAACCGGUUAGACGAGGUCUUGAUCCCCAGAACCGAGAACCCGGUGGUGCGAGUUGCAGCGGUUACCACUCGAGCAGCUCGAGCAAGAUCACCUGCGGGUGUCAUGCAAGAGGGUCUGAUCCGGGGGAUGCAGGUCGAUCGGAUCAAGCAGGCCCCGAAGGAGGAAGUCUGGAUGGCCGGCAUGAAGAAGUAUCUGAGUGGCUCGAUCGCAGAUCUAACACAAGCGGAAGCGAGAUCGUACGGCAAGAUCGUGGCCGAUUACGAGGUGGACGAGCAGGAUCUACUCUUUUACUGCCCUCCCACGCCGAGAUUGGGGAAUGACCGUGACCGAUUGCUGAGACUGGUGGCCAACGCUAGAUUGAAGGAGGCCAUUGCGGAUCGGGCCGACCGACAAAAUGAGGACGUUGGAUCGCACCAGAUCGAGGCCGCAUAUCGUGUCUGGUUAUACCUGGAUCGGAUGAAGGAAGGGUACGCGCGGAAAUCGGCUCAUCUGUGGCAUGGGCCGUUCCGAGUGGCCGAAAAGAUCAACGAAUUCAGCGUCAAGCUCGAGAUCGCAGGUACCGGGUACCAGAUCUUCCCAGUAGUUCACAUGUCGAAGCUAAAAUUGGUCAAGGAUUUUCCGGAUCGGCCGCAAGCAGAACUCACGGUGGAUGAAGCCCCGAUCGUCUAG